AUGUUAUCACCGAAGGCCACCGCCCUCUUCAACCUCUUCCUCCUGGCGUCCGCAGCCCCCGGGAAGCGCCAGUCAACCGGCUCCGGAUCCUGCACAGACCUGCACAUCUUCCUAGCCCGCGGGUGGAACGAAGGCUACCCCGGCCGGCAGCAGCUUAUCAUCGACGCUACCUGCAAUGGCCUCUCUAGCUGCGAUUAUGAAGAUAUCCAGUUCGAUGCGACCAACCCGCAGGGUUACCCCAGCGCGGUUGAGCAGGGCCGCGCCUCUGGCGUCUCACAGCUCAACGCGUACACUGAGAAGUGUCCCAACUCCAAGGUUGUUCUGAGCGGCUACAGCGAAGGUGCCAACAUUGUUGCGAACAUUCUCGCCGAUUCCGGACUGGCUGCCAACACUCUUCCUGGAGACAAGGUCUGCGCCGCUCUACUCUUUGGUGACCCGACGCACGUCGCCGACCAGAGCUAUAACGUCGAGGCCGGCUCCGGGACCAGCGGCCAGAUGACCCGCCCUAGCUCUUCUAUCGCGAACCUGAAUAAUUUCGCCAGCGUCCUGCGGUCCUGGUGCAAUGGCGGUGACAAUAUCUGCGCGUACGAAGCGGGCCGCACUACGAACGAGACCGCCCACACCAACUACUUCCAGCUCUACACCAGCGAUGCCGCCGCCUACAUCAAGGAGAAGUGCGUCUUAUCCGCGCCGGCUCCCACGGCGACGGCCACCUCCACCGCCCCCGCACCCACCUCGACCGGUUCUUUCUGCGUCGCCGGCACGGUCAAGUCUGGCCUGUCGGACAACUACACCGGUCUCUGCGAUUUCUCGUGCUCCAACGGUUACUGCCCUGACGGCGUGUGCGAGUGCUCAGCGUAUGGCCAGCAGACGACGAGCCCCGGUGGAGACGGACGCGACGGCUGCCCUGCUGAUGGUCUGGAUGACAGCUACAAAGGACUCUGCAGCUUCAGCUGCAGUCACGGUUACUGCCCGACUGGUGCCUGUAAGUACUGUUAA